GAUGCUUGACAGUGUGCAUGUAGAAGGAUCUGCUAUGGUCUCUAAUGGUGGGAAGAACCAAAGCUUAGAACAAUUACCAGUCAGUGAGAAUGGGAAAGGUGAUUCGGCUAAAACUUCAAAUCGCGACAAUCUUUGGUGCACCUAUUGCAAGAAGCCAAGACACACUAGAGAUCGUUGCUGGAAAUUACAUGGAAAACCUUCAACUUCAAGCAAAGAAUGGGGUUAUAAAGGAGGACAGCCAAGAAAUCAAGGACAAGCUCACAUGACUGCAAUGGAGUUAAACCAGGAGAAGUCUCAGGAACAAGGAGAGUUGGAUAAAAAAGAGAUUGAGAAACUGAGAAGCCUAUUGGGAACUCUUGAAAAGGCUACUGGUGUAUGCUCCUUGGCACACUCAGGACCAGGGUUCGGGGAAGAGGAUUGGACUUGCUAAGGAGAAGGAUG